CCCAUCUUUAUAGCCCACUCUUUGCUUUACUCCGUCAUAAGAUCUCCUGUGAAACAGCAGGGAACGAUGGAGACAUCUCAACUGCUCCUUCUGCUCUGUGUGUGGGCGCUCAUCAGCCUGUCCCGGCAAUCAGAGGUGGUUGAACAGUGCCCAGAUAGGAUUCUGGGUAAUGAGAGGACACGAACAUGCCCUAAAAAGUGCAAGCAAGAUGAUGAUUGUGGCAACAAGCGCCAGUGUUUAUGCGAUGGACCAUGCGGACUCAGCUGUGUGGCUCCAGCUCGGACAUGUCCGUGGCCUCUUCCUGCCGGUGAACACUUCGACGUGGCUCUCAUCUCUUCAUCUCCUUCUUUCUCUGCUCUUCUGGAAGUGCGUUGUCAUCCUGGGUACACCAUGGCCAAUGGCCUGAAUGCUGUUAUCCGCCGGUGCCAAGGUGACCGACAAUGGAGUGGUGAUGAUCCUGAGUGUACAGAUAGAGAUGCUGAAUCUAAACCGUCUUGCCCUUUGCCUGAUCAUGAGUUGCUGUUGAUUUAUGGUAGUGCUGCUGUAGACUCCUCUCUACAGUACCAGUGUUCUCCUGGAUCUGUGCUGGUUGGAAACAGUGAAAAUUUUUGUCACAAGAACCAGACGUGGCGUUACCCGCACCCCAUCUGUCAACGUGUGUUUUGUCCGAAACCACAGGAAGUCAAUCAAGGCUACUUGGUGGCUGUGCAAAAAUCAGAAUAUAAUGUGGGUGACUCUGUUUACUUCCUUUGCAAAAAGUCCUUUCUCUUGGAUGGGCCAAACCAAGCAACUUGUCAGUUAGAUGGCACAUGGAGCACGAUACCUUUCUGCAGAGCUCACUGUCCAAUCCCUGCACAGCGCAGCAGAGUGAUUGUGGGUGGGGUUAAGAGCUGGCCCUUUGACUUGACCAAUGGGAUGGUUACUCACGGCGAGAACGUAACAUUCUUCUGCAAGCAUCCGCAAAAAUCUUGCAGUUUCACAGCCACAGAGACCUGCUUUGAUGGACUGCUCCCUGCUCCCAGCUGCUACCUUGAUCCCACCUGGUUGCAGUAUAAACUCUUCCCUCACCGUCUGGUAUCAGAGAUUGCUCCAUGUGGACGUCCUGACCUGGACUCCACCUCCGAGUAAAGUUCUUGUCUUGGCCCCACAUUCAAACAAGAUCCUACUUCAACACACAGGACUUAAAAUUCAUGCUAUCUGUUACACCUAAGAUGUAGAUAAGUUUUUAUGCAGAGAAAUUGAAUAAUCCAAAGCCUUUUUGCUAGGCUGCGCUUCAUACAGAGCAAAGGUCAGGAAAGUAAUCAGAGUGCUGUUUUAAGGUCCAUUGAAUACAUUUCAUAGUUCACCCACAGGGAGCUAAACAGAACAAAAUUGACAGAUUAAAGAAAAAUAUAUAUACUUACUUUUUACUCUGGACUGCUUGGACAAGGUUAUCUUAAACUGAAUGUAAGUGUGUUGUAUAUUAGCUGCUGUAUAAUUGUUUUGUAAAUGUAUUAUAAUUAAUAAAACAUGUCAAAUCUUA